AGGAUUUUCGUAUCGGACUCGAUUGCUUCUCAACAUUUUUCUGAUUUGAAACUACACUGCAGGUGGAGGGAUGAGUCUCUCCCCUGUGAUUGGCACAGAAGUGCCAGAAACCGCUAACGGGGUUGUGACACCCGUCCCUUCAGAGAAUGGCCCUCACGUUCCCGUCUCGGUGAAAUGCGGAGGGAGCAGGGUGCCCUGUCCUGGGGAGGUGUCAGAGGACAGAGCCCCUGGAUACACAGAGAACCAUGUAGGUGUGGAAACCCCAGUUUAUGAUGGCGAUGGUCACUUGGAGACAAAGGUGUACAAUAAUGAGAGAACAUCUAGUUUAUUGUCACACAACUAUCAUGUGACAGACCCCUCCCUCACCACCGCCACAUGUACAGGAGACUCAGAAUCAGGCUCCAAAGAUACAGACAUUCCUGAGGCCUCUCAGGCUGUUGAGCCUCCAGGUGCAGCUCUGCUGUGGGACUCAGCGCGGCAAUCACACUCCAAAGACUCAUCUCAGCGAGGAGGCCCUAUCCCCACAUACAGACAGCAGACGGAGGCAGAGACCGUAGGUGGAGGCACUGACAGCCGAGAGGAGGAGGGGGAGGAGGAGGAUGGAGAGAAGGAGAAACAGGAUGAGGAGGAUGAUGAGAAGAAUGAAAAAAAGUGGAUUCAUCAGCGUGCAGGAGGGAGAACAGAGGUGGAGUCUUCACGACACUACUCCUCCUCAGCACCUGGUCCUAGCACCUCGUCCUCUUCCUCUCCUCCACCUCCUCUUCUGCCCUCAGAUGAGAUCCCCUGCCCUCCCCACGUCAUGGCCCAGGUCUGGGUACGCAACGUCCGCGGAAUGCAGGACAGCAAGAGCUUGGACGAAAUAAGCCAAGCGUGUGGAGGUGGUUCAGGGGUCCGGGGAGGCGGCAGAGGUGGCCAGUCAGAGGGCCGACGGGCCACAAUCUCCUCCGCCCUGGAGCUAGAGGGGACGGUCAGCCAUGAAGGAGACCUGACUAAUUUCAUCACCAAGAACCUGGAGCAGAAAAUCAAAAUGAGCUCCAAGCCCAGUCUGGACUGCAGCGACUCGGACUGCUCUGGUCCCAUCUACCGAAGCAGGGGAUUGUCACGGAGACCAGCAGACAUCCCUCCCAUUGAUCCUGCUGUCCUGUUGGAUCUUCAGAGACACACCCAGGAAGUGGCGCACAGUGUGGAGAUGAUGAUGCGGAGCCUCAACGGGACCAUCCAGAACAUGACAGCUCUGAGUGUGGGCUACAUCCAGACCUACAGAGACUCAGUGGACAGCCUGGGAGAGUCUGUGGACAUGAGUAUAAAGGGUAUGUACACACUGAUGGCUCGCUGCGAGGAGUUGGAUCGUUCCAUGCAACCCAUACACACCUUGGCUGCACAGAUCCGUGACAUCAAACGCACCCUGGAUGCCCUGGAGGCCAUCUGCAAGUAAACCCACCUGUCUAGCACGAAAACACAUCCCAGCUGCAAAGCAUAUGACCGAGCGAGGCUGUCUGCAAGUAAACUCACCCUUCUGCAGGUAGCACACACACACUGCAGCCACGAUUAAGCGCACCUCUGGAUUCCUGGAACCAUUGCUACUAGGCAUGCUGGAUGAUUGGCGCUCAUAGUCCCUCCGCUUGUUCAUCAUUUGAAGAUGACUAUGUUUGUGUUGUGAGAUUGAAUUGGUCUCGUUUUGCUCCCGGGGCUGAGCUUCCU